AUGGUUCCUCUUUUAGAAUCAAUAUCUGACGACUCUCACUCAACUACGACCUUCAAGAAUUUGUCUAACGGGACUCCGAUGCCAAGUGUUGACCUGACUCUCACUAGUCUUCCUCGGCGACUUUUAUAUCUCGCUGACGCUCUAUAUCCACCCCUUUCUGCUCAUGCGGAAUAUCCAGACAUUCUCCUCCAAAGAAUCCUCCAAUUGGCCUGGACUGCAACAAUCCGAUCAUUUGCCUACACGACUACAUUUUACAUAGGCGAGCAAUACCACAAGGGUCGAUGCUAUGUUGGCGAGGCAGCUCACGCCUUUUCCAGACCGACCGUCCAAAUCCACAUAGAACCCCAUGAUGCCGUUGGAGAUCUACUUGCUCAGUCGGUUGAAACGUUGGCGUCUUUGAGAAAUACAACUGUGGCAGCAAAUGGAAUAUCUGGAAUCGAUAGAAAGGAGGGUGGCUUCAAUGUGACAAUUGUCUACGAGAGGCAGCCCUCAAAUGAAAGCUGCAAGGCCCGCCGCGAGACAUGCUGUCCUAUACCAAUUGAAUCCCCUCAAUCAGACUCAAUUUUAUCGGGACUACUUCUUUGCAUAUCUCACAGUCCAGAUGACAAAUUACAUGCUCGACUGGACCUAGGCGACACUCACAUCGAUAUACAACUCGUGACGAGCCUUCUGCAUAGCUUUAACCAAGCACUAUCAUCGAUGGAUGGCUCACCAGCACAGACCAUUGGCAGUCUCGAGCUAUGCUCAUCACAAGACCGGGACCUGAUUGCCGGGUUCACCGGCACACUUGCACCUCCCCAGGAUGCCCUUCUACAUGAUCUCUGUUUCCGACAUGUCAAGAUAACCCCUGACGCCCAAGCUAUAUGUUCCUGGGAUGGCAAUCUUACAUACCGAGAACUCAAAGAGAAGACUUGUCGCCUGGCUCAUUGGCUUGUCGGUGAAGGCGUAGGACCAAGUGUCUUCGUCUCUUGUGCCUUCUACAAAUCUACAUGGGCUGUCGUGGCUCGCCUCGCUGUCCUCAUGGCCGGUGGUGCAUAUGUCUGUGUGGAUGGAAGUAAUCCGCCAACAUACCUCAACUCCGUUCUAGAACGCACCCGGAUCAAGAUCAUGUUGACCUCCACCGGGUAUAAAGACAGGUUUUACAGCCGGGUUGAAACCGUGUUCGAAGUGAGCGAGGCUUCACUUUCGACACUCCCAAUGGUAAAUGGACCCCCCACUUCGGAUGUCACGCCAACCGAUCCAUGUGUUGUUUUAUUCACAUCAGGCAGCACAGGCAACCCCAAAGCCAUCGUACAAGAACAUCGCAGCUAUGCCUCUGCCCUGACAGAUUAUCUCCGCGUUAUGGAGAUGGGCCCACACAGCCGGAUGUUCCAAUUUGAUGCCUACGCCUUCGACAUCAGCAACAAUGACUUCCUGGCACCGCUCAUGGCCGGAGGAUGUUGCUGUGUGCCAACAGUCUCACUGACCAUAGACGCACUCAUGAACGACAUGAAUGCAUUGCAAGCCAACAUUAUGUUCGUAACACCCUCAGUCGCCAUCGACAUCGACCCAGACCGUGUCCCAACACUGAAGAUGAUGUGUAUCGGCGGGGAGCCGGUCUCAGACGCCGUGUUGUCGAAAUGGCUACACCGCGUGCAGGUCGUCAACCAAUACGGUAUGGGGGAGAUCGCAUCUCUGUGUGCCUAUAACCGCAACCUCCAGAUAGGGCGUGGUGCAGUAGUCGGUCGUCCUGCGACCGGAGCAAUCUGGAUUGUUAGCCCUGAUAAUCCCGAACAACUGAUGCCCGUCGCGGCAAUAGGAGAACUCCUAGUUGAAGGACCACAUCUAUCGCAAGGGUACUUGGACCAUGUUUCCGGACAGUCUGAGAACUUCCUAUCAACAGCACCAGCCUGGAUGGCACAGCUUCACCCCGAUAGACCUAACCAUCGACUUUACCGGUCCGGGGACCUAGGUCGCUGGAACCACGACGGAACCCUUGAACUAAUCGGCCGCAAGGACAGCAUGCUGAAACUCGAUGGGGCACGGGUCGAAGCCGAGCAGGUGGAGUAUGUAUUCCGCCGCAACCUGAUGACAGGCGACGCAGCCAUUGUCGAUGUCCUCGGUGUGGCUGAUGGCCUAGGGGAUCCAACUCUCGUGGUCUAUCUGUACCUUACGAGCAACCCAAUGAAUCUGGAGAGUGGGCGUAUCGAGGAGAUGCAAUUCCGACCGAUUAGUGACAGGCACGCAGUGCACACUGUGACCCGGUCACUCAGUGAUGCUGUCAGCAAGAACCUGCCAACCUAUUACGUCCCCAGUUUGUAUCUCCUGAUUGAUCGCGUGCCACGCACAAAGUCGAACAAGACGGAUCGACGUAAACUCCACAUGCUGGGACAGGCGUAUUACAUGGAGCAUCGAGGGGAGUUGAGAGAUAUCACUGUCUGGCCGGAAUGGGAAUAG